AUGGUGGCUGAUAGCUGUCACCACUCCGUCAAUAAUAUUCUGGAUGUCAGGCAACGCAGUUCCACUUAUAAGAAGGGUAGAGAUCACCCAACAACUGUCUGCGUUUUUCUUCACAGGUGCAAAACGAAGAAAUAUGAUUAUUACAGUCUGCCUACAACAUCUGUUGUAAUUGCCUUUUACAAUGAAGCCUGGUCUACACUCCUCAGGACUGUGCACAGUGUUCUCGAGACAUCCCCUGAUAUCUUGUUAGAAGAAAUCAUCUUGGUUGAUGAUUACAGUGACAGAGAUCAUUUAAAACAGCCUUUGGAGGAUUAUAUUGCUGAGCUUAAGAAAGUGCGCUUGAUCCGUGCAAAUAAAAGAGAAGGGUUGGUCCGAGCUCGGCUGCUGGGAGCUUCCAUAGCAAAGGGGGACAUUCUGACAUUCUUAGACUGCCACUGUGAGUGCCAUGAAGGAUGGCUAGAACCACUGCUGGAAAGGAUACAGGAAGAAGAAUCAGCAGUGGUGUGUCCUGUGAUCGAUGUCAUUGACUGGAAUACAUUUGAAUUCCUUGGAAAUCCAGGGGAGCCACAAGUUGGAGGAUUUGACUGGAGACUGGUGUUCACUUGGCACAUUGUACCAGAGUAUGACCAGAAAUACAGGCGAUCUGCAGUAGAUGUUAUUAGGUCACCAACUAUGGCUGGAGGUCUGUUUGCUGUUAGCAAGAAGUAUUUUCAAUACCUUGGUGCAUACGACACUGGUAUGGAAGUGUGGGGUGGAGAGAACCUGGAGUUCUCAUUUAGGAUUUGGCAGUGUGGAGGGCUCCUGGAAAUCCACCCUUGUUCUCAUGUAGGGCAUGUUUUUCCUAGACAGGCACCUUAUUCCAGAAGCAAAGCUUUAGCCAAUAGUGUUCGUGCAGCAGAAGUGUGGAUGGAUGAAUACAAAGAACUGUAUUACCACAGGAAUCCACAUGCCCGACUAGAGCCGUAUGGAGAUGUAACUGAGAGGCUAGAGCUUAAAAAGAAGAUUGGUUGCAAUUCAUUUAAAUGGUUCUUGGAGAAUGUGUAUCCUGAUCUGCAUGUACCUGAAGACAGACCUGGAUUUUUUGGAAUGCUGAAAAACAAAGGCAUGCAUGAUUAUUGCUUUGACUAUAAUCCUCCAGAUGAGCAUCGUGUUGUAGGGAGUAGGGUCAUACUGUACCCAUGUCAUGGUAUGGGGCAGAAUCAGUUUUUUGAAUUUUCAUCCUCAAAUGAAAUACGCUAUAAUACAAGACAACCUGAAGGCUGUGUAUCUGUGCAGAAAGACACAGACUACUUGACUAUGGAUGCAUGUCAUGAACGUGGAAAGAGUGUCCCAGAAAAUCAGAUGUUUAUUUUCAAAGAGGACCAAACCUUGUAUCAUGUUCAGACAAACAUGUGCUUACAGGCUGUACCAUCUGCGUACCAAGGAAAUGCAGCACCCAUGUUACGGCCCUGCGCAGGUUCUGAGAACCAGAAAUGGUACUUUAAGGAAAGACGCUAAGUAACAGACAACAAUAGCACAUUUUGAAUCAAACGCUCUGCAGGGAAGAACGUGUUUCUGUAACACAAUAAUCUCUCACAAGUGAUAGUUUUCAUGUCUGCUACAUGUUGAGUAGGUAUUGUAAACUGCACUUUUUCAUGGUCACUCCAUUUUUAUCUGUCUGUAACUUUUGGGCAUUUCAAGGAUUGUGUAAUCCACGUGAGGCUCAGUAUUUUAAGUUGGAAAUGGGGCUGCCAGCAUGUUAAGAUGUCUCUCUGAAGCAUCCAUUUGUAUAGUUAGAGAAGGCACCACAAGUGUGCUUCCCUGAACUUUGAGAUUUGGAAGAUAAAAUGGAGCACAUCUUCAAGUUACGAAAAUAAGUGUCAAAUUUAUGGGAAGGGCUGAUAUCUCUAGUUGUAAUAAAUUAAUUUUAGAUAAAUGAGUUCAUAGACAAAGUUUUUAAUUAAUUGCCUUAAUUUUCAUUAGUAUCUGAGGAAUGAUUAAGUCAGCAUCUGGGCAAUGCUGUGCACCAACGUGCCUUUAUGCAGUGCUGUACUUCUGCUGCUGUGUAGUACUCCUUCAUACUCACACAUAGUACUGUGUCACUUAGCUGUUGUGCAGUAUAACACUCCCUAACCACACCAUCCUGUUCACCUACUACACAGCAUAAUAUAGUGCUCCUGAUCCACUCUGUGAUGUUAAUUUCCCACUUUGUGUUGUAUAGCACUUACAGCCAUGCUCUGCUGUUCAGCACCUUAACACACAUUUCAAUAAAAAGACUGGAUUUGCAUUAACAAGAAGAAAAACAAACUUAUAUAGUUAGAUAUAUAUCUGUAAUUACCUCAAAAACCCUUAAUUUCUUUGGAGUAAUGAAAUGACUGGUUGCUGUGCUUCCUAAAACAAUUAACUUGCUGACUGUUGUUAGUUAUAAUACUGUUUUGCUAGUCUGAUACUAUUAAUGUUGUUCUUACAAAAUCCUGCCAAUAAAUGUUCAUGUUCAUCGAUGUUGAUGUCAUUCUGACAAAGUGCCUGGAAAAAAAAUAGUAUCUAGUGUUACUAAGUAGGUUGUUUACUGAAUGCACUUCAUAGUCUUUUGAGUGCCAUGACAUCUGACAGAAGAUUGCCUUUUUUAGAAUUACAUUUUAAAAUCUACUACAGUAAAUCAAAAUGCAUUUGUCUUGUAUUAGAACUUCAGCAAUCACAGCAUGAAAGAAUGUAUGCUGUGAUUACUUAGUUUUAUAAAGAACUGUUUACCAAUUACCACAAUGCCUUAUUAAUGUUGAACUUGAAUCACUUGAUAUUUUCUGACUAGCUUACCUCACUUGAACAUUUUCACUCAUGAUAUAAAAUUAUUUAAACAAAUCAGUAAGGAAAAAUAGCAGAAAGUACAACAAAAUUUAUACAAAAUGCAACAAAGGAUCGUAAAACCACAAGAAAUGCAAGUCUUAGGACCACAAAAUUUGAAACUAAUAAUCACUAUUACAAACUGUAUGCACAUUUCUAGAUAUACCACUGCUAGAAGGAAACAUUACAUUGUGCCUUCAAAGAGAAUUUGCACACACUGCACUACUGAUCCUGUUAGUUUUUUUGGAAGAUUACACGUAAGUUGUAUUUAGUAUCAGUUAAAAACUUUAAACUGAUAUUUUGUGCAUAAAAUGAGGCUGACGUUUGAAGGAUGUUUUUGCACUAGCUUUCUCUGAAGGUGUAAAUUAUAAUUUGAUAAAAAGUAUAACAUCUCUGUAGAUAGCACUGUCCAUUUAAGUCAACAACAGUUGUAUGUAAAGCAAUAUAGUGCUGUUCCAAAUGUUAUUAUAAAUAUAAGAAACAAAGUUUUUAUUAUAAAUAUAAUUAUCGGAUUUUUGUAUGAUUUCUGAACAUGUAUUUUGAAUUCAAAGUUUACACAUUGCAGUUUUCAGAUACACCUUCUGUUUAAGAAAUAUGCAAGAUGACAGUAUACAACAUGAUUUGCAAUGCUGUCAAGUGCGAGAAUUACUUUACAUAAGCAUUCUAAUAAAAACACUGUGACUGACUGACUUUUAAUGGUAAACCAGUUUAGGUUGGUUCAUUGUUAUCACUAUAUGCUGUCUCCUGUUACAGGAAAAUACUUUUUUGUUGUUGAGUGGCCUUAAAUUAAUGAAACAGAAACUGUAACUUUUAUGUUUACUCUGCUUCAUAAACAUGAUCCAUUCUUGACAUUUUUAAAUACGGUGUUGGAUUUUAUUAAUGGUGUAUGAUGCUGGUUUAUUAAGUUUUAAAAGCUCUAUUAAGUUUUGAAUACUACUUUCUAGUUUGUUUUAUAUUAAACAGAAGCAAUUGAUUUGA